CAUGUCGCCUUUAGUGGAACUUUCAAACGUUCCUCACUCUGAUAUAAGAACAAAACAAUUGGAGUGCAUAUUAACGAUUCUUCAUUCGAACGAUGCAGAUACACUAUAUCAUGCCUGGCCAUCUCUGCUUUGUGUUGUAGGCGCUUUACAGACGGAACAGAGCGAAGGGCUUGUUAGACUAGCCUUUCAGUCGCUACAGCUAGUCGUUGCAGAUUUCUUGUCGAGUUUGCCUUGCAACUGCCUAAAGGAAUGCGUGCAGGUAACUGCCAAAUUUGGUCAGCAGAACCAGGACUUAAAUAUUUCACUGACGGCAAUCAGCUUAUUGUGGAACAUCGCUGAUCACUUAUUUCAUAAUCGAGAAAAGAUCGAAUCGGAAUUAAAGGUAGAAAGCGAGGAUCAACUUCUGCCACCCUACGAUGCAUUAUGGAUGGUAUUGUUUACUAAAUUAGAAGAUAUUUGUGUAGAUGAGCGACCGGCGGUAAGAAAGAGUGCUGGACAGACCCUUUUCUCCACUAUUUCAGCACAUGCAUGUUCACUCGAUUUAUCCACUUGGCAUCAUAUCCUGUGGAAGGUGCUCUUCACGCUACUUGAGCACGUUAACGAACGAGCUGAAAAGGCUUCUGACGAAAAGAGUUCCAAGCAGUUGCCUAACAGCGGAAAUAUUUUAAUGCAUCAUUCCAGGAACACUGCACAUAAGCAAUGGGCUGAAACUCGAGUUCUAUCGCUGUCGGGCGUUGCUAGAGUUUUUAAUACUCAACGGCAUUUACUCCAGAAACUCGAGGAUUUUUUAAGAGCUUGGUCCUUACUUUUGGAGCAUAUUGAAAAAUCAGCUCUUUGUAAGAAUGCAGAAGUGUCUCUUGCCGCCCUCAAAAGUUUUCAGGCCAUCUUACAAUUGGAAGGAGCUGUUGAUUCAGUGGUAUCCGAUGAGCUUAGCCUUCUUCUUCCUGGAACAUCUUCAGCGGGGCUACGAUUAGCACCCCCUUGCGAUGAAAUCAUACCUCGAACGAUAUCAUCUUCUCAACAUCAACAACCAGAUGUUGUUCCCCAAAAAUCUUCACCUCCUAAAACUGAUACUAUAGCUCUAGAAGUCCGUACGAGCCCAUUAGAAGAUAAAACGUUGUGGUCGAGUGCUUGGAAAACUUGGCUUACGAUCGGAACAUCAAUUACUGAUAAUCAUGAUGUUUCGUUUAUACCUUCUCAAGCUUUUCUUUGUGCCCUCAUUCAACUAUUUCCCCAUUUAUAUGAUCAUGUUAAAAGUCGGUUUGCCUCAAUUGACCUUUCCAAAUUAUCGGAAGUUCUACGUCGGGCCCUCUCCUCUCCCAUAUCGAAUGAUACUUCCCCUCUACUCAAGCCCACAGACGAUUCAAUGUCACCAUUACAGGAGUCUGUCCUAGAAUCACUCAAAAUCUUACUGCAGAAUUGCGAGUGCCUUUCUAUGUCGCCGGAAUUAUUUGACUUAAUGCUGAAAUUCGUUCUCUAUGCCGUUGACUCACCUAAAUUAGCUAGUUCAGCUUCGACGUCACCGAUUAGUUGCUCUCAUUUUGUGGCUAUGGCUGAACAGUGUAUGGAACAAGUAGUUACUUUAUACGAGAAGACAGCUAAAAUGGGCGUUGUAAUUAAAAAAGGAGUCCUCGAAAAGAUAGUUUCAGUAAUGUUAUCUUUUAAUUCCUCUGGAACUGAGUGUGGCCUCUUUUUCGGAGGCAUUGAAAAUGAGCUAGAGUUAUUCUCAUUUGUUGAUGAUGACGUCGGAACGUCCGUAGUUGGAGGUGCUGUUGAGUUUGACGAUGAAAUGCUGUUUGAGGAAGGCGUCGUUGUUGUUGCGGUCAUAGAAACACCAUUAUUUCUAAUAUCUAUUGCCGCUAAAAUACUUGAGCCAUGGGUUGAAUGGACAUUUCCUGCGAAUGUUGGAUUUGUAGGCUGA